AAAACCUCUUUCUCACCUCACACCGCAACCCACACACGCUGAAGGUCUCUUACCACCGCAAGCACACCUCCUCACACCUCGUAGGAACGCUUUAUCAUGUCUCCCGCACAACACCUCCCCACGCAGGAUUUCGCCGCCGAUUCCUGGGGCAAAUCAGGCGUAUACGCAAACGCUAAUGGCGCCGUCGUCGCUCAUCCCUACGAGAGCCAGCGGGUGGGCGAGAAUGGUCCGCUCCUCUUGCAGGACACCCAUCUCGUAGAGGUCCUCAGUCACUUCGAUCGGGAGCGUAUUCCUGAGCGAGUCGUCCAUGCCAAGGGCGGCGGCGCUCACGGUCACUUCAAGCUCACUCACCCGAUCCCUGAGUUGACGUCGGCAAAGAUCUUUUCCACGCCGGGCACCUCCUGUCCCGCCACGGUGCGAUUCUCGACCGUGGGCGGAGAGAGCGGCAGCCCCGACCAGGCCCGCGACCCUCGCGGCUUCUCCAUCAAGUUCCGGACCGAGGAGGGCAACAUGGACUGGGUCUUUAACAACACACCCGUCUUCUUCAUCCGCGACCCGGCAAAGUUCCCCACCUUCAUCCACACGCAGAAGCGCAACCCGCAGACGCACGCCACCCAUGCCGACGACUCGACCGACUUCUGGAACUACAUGAGCCAGAAUCCCGAGUCAGUGCACCAGUUCAUGUACCUCUUUGGUCCUCGCGGUAUUCCCCAGGACUGGAGGCACAUGCAGGGCUACUCUGGCCACACGUUCAAGUUUGUCGCGGCCAACGGAAGCUGGAAUUACGUGCAGAUUCACGUCCUUUCGCAGCAGGGUGUCAAGAACAUGCACCCAGACGACGCCGCCAAGGCUUCGCCCGACUGCCACCAGCUGGACCUGUUCAACAGCAUCGAAAAGGGCGAGUACCCCAAGUGGGACGUCAAGUACCAGAUUGCCUCGCAGCAGGAGGCCGACGCUGCCGGGCUCGACGUCUUUGACCUCACCAGGACGUGGGACCGUAAAAAGUUCCCGCUCCAGCCGCUGGGCGAGCUGGAGCUGAACCAGAAUGUGGCAAACUACUUUGCCGAGAUUGAGCAGGUGGCCUUUGCGCCCUCGACGCUCAUUCCGGGCAUCGAGCCCUCGGCCGAUCCUGUGCUGCAGAGCCGACUGUUCUCCUACCACGACACGCACCGCCACCGCGUCGGCGUCAAUUACCAGCAAUUGCCGGUCAAUGCGCCGCAGGUGCCCUACCCCAUCUACAAUUUCCAGAGGGAUGGACAAAUGGCGUUUGUCAACCAGGGUACACGGCCGACCCACUUGUCGAGCAUCCAGCCGCCGACGCUCAAGCCCCGUCCCUACGACCUCGGAAAGACGGCCGGCUACGUCGACGGCCACGCCAUCUCGUUCCUCUCGGGUGUCACGAUGCGCGACUUUGAGCAGCCGCGCGAGCUCUUCCGCCGGGUGUUCUCCGAGGAGGACCGCAAGUUGACGAUUGAGCAGAUCAGCGGGCACAUGACGACAUCGCGUGACCCCAAGAGCAUCGCCCAGGCCGUCAACAUCUGGUGGCUCGUCGACAACGACAUGGGCAACGCCAUUGCCAAGAAUCUCAAGCUCGAGGCAGGGUCGUGGCAGAAGCCGCUCGCAGAGCUCAGCUUCAUUGGAUCGCACAACUUUGCUGCCAACAAGGAGGCGCUGCAGAUGUUUGAAGACUACAAGUCGGUGCAGCAAAAGGCGGCUGAGAAGGCUGGCGACUUUACCACGACGGCAAAGGAGGCCGUCGCCCACGGCGUUCAGGCGGUGGCCAACGCCGUCAAUGGUGCGGCCAAUGGCCAUGCCAACGGUCACUAGCUCAUUACAUUGUAGCACUUUCUUUCCAAAUGACAUACACUAUGCUCUGAUAGUCCUGCUCUUGUAGUCCUGCUCUUGUUCUCUGUGACUGCCUGGUACCGCUCUCCUUCUACCCUAUGACUGCGUUGCUCGCGUUGCUCUUCUCGCACAUCGGUAGACCACUGUGCACACCGCAAGCACCGAGCACACUUUAGGUCACAGGCAGGUCAAGCAGUGCCGAGCUGCCGACGUCUUGCGGAAUAAUCUCUGUCCCGACGAUGAGCACGAAAUCCUCCACCGUGAUCGGGUGGUUAGGAGAAUUUACC